AUCAACCGACUGUAGAACAAUGUUCAGAAAAUAGUUUAUAUCAAUAAGAAUAUCUGUCGAUUAGCCCGAAAAAACGGGCAAAAACCUUACAGCGGAUUAAUCUGUCUUUCAGUGAAAAUGGUUAGUCUGAUAUUUUUGCAAGCUCUGGAAUACGGUAAUUAUAGGUCUCAACCACUUCGUGGUUUCAACCUAAAAACUACAGAAGGUUAUAAGUACGCAUCAUAAAAAUGUAUUUCUAUUUUAAUUAAAGUGUACAAUGUGUAUACGUAAAAGACUUACGUAAGUACGAUUUAUAUGACAGUUUUAUGAGGAGAAUGAAGACACAAAUGGAGAACGACAAGGAUGAGCUGUUGAGGAAACUAGAGGACUAUACCAUCACAGAAAGUCCUAGCAUAUCUACAAUCCGACCAAAGUCCCCCGUACAGUCAACCCGUAAAAUACCGUACCCGGACGUGCCAACAUAUGUUAAGUAUGAGAUACCUUCAAAUGCUAAAUGUGCGAUAUGUGAGCACGUGUUUGCCGUGUUCCACGAGCACGAGGCAGUACCAUGUCGAGUGUGUGAUGAUGUCUUCCAUAAAGAUUGUCUGAUGAGAUGUGGAGAUCUUACAGAUACAGACAAACAUAACAUAGACAAAGCAAGGUCCAAUAUCGGAUGGAGCUGUCCUCAUUGCGCAAACAUUUCGCUGUUAUUAACGACUGAAGAAGUGAAGGCGAUGACAUAUUUAUUUGAGAAAAUAGACUUCAAUCAAGAUUUACAAAUUUCACUGGCGGAGUACCUUCACCAUUUUUCACGUCGGUCUUCACUGACCAACAAACGCGGCCAGUUAUUACCGGCAGAACGGGACAGACUUUCACGCAACUUCAAAUACAUGGACAUGAACAAAGAUGGAAAACUGGACUGGUGGGAAUUUGUCAACCAUGAAAGUAAACUUUAUCUGGCUGAUAAAAACAAAUAUGAUUUGGUUGAUCUAUUAACCAAGAAGGAACUGUGUGCGGCCAAGGCAACAUUUAACAAAAUGGAUAUCGACGGCGACGGCAGAAUCAAGGAAUAUGAAGUAAAAGAGGCCUUCAAACAUUGGUACAGAAAUUUCGAAAAUCAAAAGCCUAGCUUCACGACAGAGAUGGUGAAAGACUCGGACAUCCUUGAUCUACAUGCCAGUGUAUUCACCCGGUGGGUCAUGGAAUCUAAUAACAGUCAGGGUGAUGUGAAAUGGGAGGAUUUCAUAUUAGACCAGGCAUUGUAUAUCAUUUGUGCUCGACCAAACAUCAACAUAUAGGAGAAAGGAUACAAAUCAACUUGAAAACACCAUUCAAAGUUUUUAACAAUUCUCAGGGAUUAUUUGUCAGUUGAAACAGCAAAUGUUAAAAAUGUGUAUCUCUGACACAAAGACGGUUUAAGCAUUGGUAUGGAAGGAAUGUUGUAUGUGAAGUAUAUAAUUUUAACUUGUGUUAUUGUGUAUACAUGAUGAGAACAGAAAUAGUACAUUUAUUACAAUCGGAUUUCAUAUUUUUAUGUUAUGUAAUAUGCAUUAAAAUAAUAAAUACACAUUACAUUGUGGUGGGAAGGGCAGAUAUAGACCACUAAUAUAGAGCCCAGUUGUAUUUUUUAACGAACAUACUCUAGUUUUGAAACAUUAUUAAAGCAGCAUUUACAAAACGAUUAUUGGGAUUCAAUUAAAAUUUACUUUU